ACUGACUACUGCUCUGUUGUUCAGUACAAAUUGAAGGAAACCACUCCGACAAUAAAUUACAUCUAGAUAAUCAGCAAUUUGAUCAAAAACACCCAAGCGAUCUCUGACAUCAGACGAUAUCUGUGACAGUUGAAUGCGGGGGGACCGCAGGCUUACGGAGGUUUGUUUUCUAGUAAACCAUGCUAGCUCGGCUAGCUAACUAGCCAGCGUCUCGUCGCCUCCUCUUCAUCUUCAUGGGUUUCUGCUGUUGAGUCUGCCAGGCUUGUGCUGGGGGCAGCGAGGCAAACAAAUUAAUGCCAUCAGCCAGGAGCUCAGGUCAUAUUAUGAGUGGGUCGAGUUGCAAAGCUAACGGCGCUGUGUACCCUGCCUCAUCAGCAAUGAUGAACUCUGUGAAGAAGCCGAAGAUGGAGCAGAUUCAGGCCGACCGUGAGCUGUUCCUACAGGCCUUUGAAAAACCCACUCAGAUAUACAGAUUUCUCCGCACAAGGAACUUGAUUGCACCCAUAUUUUUGCACAGGACGCUCACCUUCAUGUCUCACAGAAAUGGCCGAACAAAUGCCAGGAGGAAAACAUUCAAAGUGGAUGAUAUGUUGCAGACAGUGGAGAAGAUGAAGGGAGAGCAGGAUUCUCCAAGCUUGUCUUCACAUCUACAGUUAACCUUCACUGGGUUCUUCCAUAAGGAUGAAAAGCCAUCUCAGAUUUCAGAAAAUGAACAAAAUUCAGUGUCCUUAGAGGUGCUACUCGUCAAAGUCUGCCAUAAAAAACGCAAGGAUGUCAGCUGCCCGAUAAAGCAAGUGCCUACAGGUAAAAAGCAGGUGCCUUUGAAUCCUGACAGUAACCAAACCAAGCCUGGCUCCUACCCUUCCUUACUGGUGUCCAGCAACGAGUUUGAGCCCAGCAACAGCCACAUGGUGAAGUCCUAUUCGCUCCUGUUCAGGGUGUCGCGCACAGGGAGGAGGGAUACUAAUGGUCUAGUCAACGGAGAAGCUAACGAAAACAUUGAUGUAACAGAUACUCCUACUAGAAAGAAGAGAAGUUCUUCCCAUAGAGAGGAGGGAGAGACCACAGAGACAUAUGUUGCACAGAUGACUGUCUUUGAUAAGAAUAGGAGAUUGCAGCUGCUGGAUGGGGAGUACGAGGUGUCGAUGCAAGGAAUGGAGGACAGCCCUGUGAGCAAGAAGCAAGCCACAUGGGAAACCAUUCUUGAUGGGAAGAGACUGCCACCAUUUGAGACAUUUUCUCAGGGACCCACAUUGCAGUUCACACUGCGUUGGACAGGUGAUGCCAGCGGAAAGUCCACUGCCCCCGUCGCAAAACCCCUUGCCACCCGCAACUCAGACAGCUCCAGCCCCAUGGAGACAAGGACCAGCAACCACCGAGCUGCCCUCAUGACAGUGAAAGAGUCAGUCAGCACAGACAUUCAGACGAGGAAAGAGCAGGUCCCGUGUGAGCCUCGGCAGAAGCUACGUAUAUUUUAUCAGUUCUUGUACAACAAUAACACGCGGCAGCAGACAGAGGCAAGAGAUGAUCUCCACUGUCCCUGGUGUACUCUCAACUGCAGCAAACUCUACAGCCUGCUCAAACACCUCAAACUCUCCCACUCCCGCUUCAUCUUCAGCUAUGUGCCUGACCCCAAAGGAGCAAGGAUAGACGUGUCCAUCAAUGAGUGCUACGACGGCUCAUACGUUGGCAACCCUCAGGACAUCCACAGCCAGCCGGGCUUUGCUUUCAGCCGCAACGGCCCGGUCAAGAGGACCGCUGUCACUCACAUACUGGUUUGCAGGCCCAAGAGGACCAAACCGAGUCUGUCAGAGUUCCUGGAGUCUGAGGACGGAGAGUUGGAGCAGCAGAGGACCUACGUCAGCGGACACAACCGCCUCUACUUCCACAGUGACAGCUGCAUGCCCCUGCGGCCCCAGGAGAUGGAUGUGGACAGCGAGGAUGAGAGAGAUCCAGAGUGGCUCAGAGAGAAGACUGCCACACAACUGGAUGAGUUCACAGAUGUCAACGAGGGAGAGAAGGAGGUGAUGAAGCUGUGGAACCUGCACGUCAUGAAGCAUGGUUUCAUAGCAGACAACCAGAUGAAUCAGGCCAUCAUGCUUUUCGUGGAGAACCGUGGUGCUCACAUCAUCCGCCGUAACCUCUGCCGCAACUUCCUCCUGCAUCUAGUCAGCAUGCACGAUUUCAACCUGGUGAGCACAGCCACCAUCGACCGUGCCAUGGCCCGUCUGCGGCAGAUCCAAGAAGAGCUGCCGGACACCGAGGAGGAGCAGCAGGACCAGACUCUGAUAUCAGCAGGAGCCUGCAACGGCAACGCCGUCACCUCCAGUGGGGGAAAGCAGGGCAAGAGGACAAAAAGCGCGCUAACGGACUGAUGCAGGCUGGAUGGAACAAUGAUUGUCAUGGGUUUUUUUUUUUUUGCUUUGAUUUGUUUCUUUUUGAUUUUUUUGUUCUUCUUCGGUGAACAUUACCAACCCUUUGGUGCUUAGAUAGGUGGGAGAACUGGUCAGUGGAGGAUCUGACCUAAAGCAGACCAGUAUACAAGGUAAACAAGUUUUUGAAACUUGAGAACUGAACCAAAUAUGAACAAUAUAAAAGUGAAUCACCCACAGCUACACAAACCAGGAAUCUGAGGACUGGAUGAUGCAAGUUGAACCUACUUAAUAUGCAUUUUGUAGGAGCCACUGAAGUAUCUGUGUUUGGGUGAGAGCGUGAACAAACUGAAUCUGCUGAUGUGGCACGACUGCCUUUUGGUAUGUCCUUGUUAUAGACAACUGUAUCAAGACUACAGUUAAAACUGUAAUGGUAACAUUGUCUCUCUUGAUUAUUUGUACACAUAUACAAUAACCUUGUUGAAAACUUAUCCUUUUAGCUGAUUAUUUUAGCACUUGGUGUUUGUAUUUAGAAAGCUUACAUUAAAAUUGUCUUUUUUUUCCCUUUUUUUUUUUUUUUUAAACCAUGCUGCGCCAAAUGUUGAAUGCAGCUUUUCCACUGUCAUCAGUGGAGAAACGUCAGUGCGUUUGACUUCACUCUUGUGAAUGACAGUUAAUUUGAAGGGUUAUACAGUUAAGAGAACAUCACAGUAAAAAUCUACACUUGGCAUCGAUGCCUAGAGUAUAUAAAGCUUGUGUUCGGACCCCCAGAUGGAUUGUGGGUUUUGCUGGUAGGUUGCCACGACAGUAGUGUUAUACUGUAAGCUUGGAUCCUGGACAAGAGAAUAAAUUCAGAUUUUGGGUCCAGGCUAAACUCCUACUUCAUCACUCCAUCAUGCCUUUUGGCCUGUAUUGAUAAUAGCUCAAGGAAAGCCAGGGAAAUUAACUUUUCUGAAUAUUUUCUUUUUCCUAAAAGACUUACUGAAACAACCAGCAGCACAUCACCCCAUGUAUGGUGUAGAGUGCAUAGCACCGAAGAUAUAAAAGUCAACAGUUUUCUGAUGAUACGGGCACCUGUAGUUUGUUUUCACAUUGAGGUCUGAACAUGCUGUGUUUUUUUUUAACAUGCGUUCUAUGAGUAUCAGUAGCUGAUUGACAGAAAUGUGUGUACAUGUAUCACAUCAAACGUUCAGCUGAGCCCUGUACUGAAUCCAAUAAUUAACAGAUUGCAGUUCUUCUCUCAAAGCAAUAUGCUGUUUAUUGGAUGGUUUGGUUUUCAGGUCCAGUCAGCUGUCUGUUCUGUUAGGUGCAGUUUAUGCCAAAGGGGAAUGUUUUCAUCAGUCUAUUAGUUCCGUGUAUUUUUACAUUUUUUUUUCUUUUGUUCAUUCCAUAACCAGUUUAAAAAAAAAAAAAAAAAACGGUAGUUGUGUUUUGUAGUGUGCACAGAAAUAGGUGAUCAUCACCAGUCAUUAUUUCAUCCGACUUCCCUUUGGGACAACCAAAUUAACAAUUUAUUUUUUUCUUCCCUCCACCGUUCAUAGAGGGUUUCUGUAUUCAUCUGGAAAAAGGGAGACACUCACCAUUAUUGUCAAAACACCCUGUUAAAAAUUGUGAACUGUACACUCUGGCUAAGGGGAUUUUUAUAUUUAAAGAAAUAAAAAUACAUUUGACCUUAUUUAUGGUCGAUUUUGGA